CCGAGCAGCUGCCCACUUCUACUAAGGUUGGUCUGUUCCCUUCCCCUUUCGCUUUUGGGGAACGUCACACGUGGGAAGCACUUCGGCUACCUUAUCGCAAGGGUUUCGACGAAUAAAAAAGCAUCCCCACUAAAUCAAGAGUUUAGAUGCCCGAAGAUCUAAGAAGGUUGAAUCAGGAAUAAGUGGGUGAUUUCUUGAAGGAAGAAGGGCAAGUCCGGUUCGAAUCCAAUUCGUGAGAUGGCAGUGAUCUUUAGCUGGUCAUGGCCAUAAUGUGCUUUUCUUCCUCCUGCUUUCGUUGUCGAUUUGGGAAACCCUCGCCGCCAUCGUCAGACAUGGAAAGACACCGGGGAAGUCGGAAGCCCCAAGCCCGCCGAGUGCGUCAUCUUCCUGAGGGCGCCGCUCUCGCCCCUCCUCUCCUGUGCGAGCGACGCCGAUCCGGAGCAGUGACCCCUUCAGCAGCAUCAUCUCUUCAAUUUGGGGGAAGACAACGAAAACUCCGAAUUGAGUUUUGUCGUCAACAAAGUUUUUGUUUUGAGGUUUGUGUUGUCUAUCUCGGGUUCAUUUUGUCCCACUAUGUAGCAAUGUUUCAAAACUUGGUACCUUAUGAACAGGUUCUAUCCUGUGUGAAAUUACAGUCUUUAUGCCUUUUUUUGGUUUUCCAGUCUUUAUAUGCACUUGACAUACCAGGUCUUAUGCCACCAAAUAUAUUCACUUCUUAUGACAUUGCUACGAACAAACGUUGAGGUAGGUACUUGGGCUUCAACUGACUAUUGUGGACAUUAAUAUGAUCUUUGACUUAUUUUACAUGAUUACUCAAUCCAAGCUUGAAGGUGAAGCUGGGUAGCCUAUGUUUCGCUGAUUGGUUUUAAGAGCAGUUGCAAAUGUUAUUAAGAUGUAUUCUUCUUUGCUUACAACAGAAACUGAGCUGCAUAGAAGUCACUGGCGCAUACAGUGCUCAGAAUAAGGAGAUAAAUAUAAGUUUGCCAGCAAUUGGUCUAUUGUGGAGUGCAACAGACUUCAUUGGCAAAGGAUUGGGGGAGACUUCUGAUAUUACUUCAAUUGCGGAGCAGAAUAAUUAUUAUGGAAUUUGUGAGGAUGUUCAAGACAUUCAUACUACUGAAGCUAAUGAACCAGUUCCUAUGAAAAAGUUGAUUGAUUAUAAAAGCUUGCUCUUUUCAGUUUUCACCAUUCUUGGAAUCUUGCAGCAGAUGAGUGGCCUGAGAUGUUCCCCAGUUAUACUAGUAGUUCAGCCAGCAAUGUUAAGCAGGAGAUACUGCUUGGACUCGGUAAUUAAUGGAAAAUAUGAUUGUAUAAAUUGUUUAUUUUCGAUUUCCCAUUUUCCAUUGAUUUUAAGGCAUUGUCUUUAACAGGAGAUCUGUAUACUCAAGCACACAUGAUGUUUAAUGUGGAUAUGUAUUUGCAGCUUCUUGGUAUAUUGCAUUUGGCAAUUAGAAGUUCAAAGAAUUCAAGCAAUGUGGAAAGAGAAGCUGUAAGUUCUCUCAUCACAGAUAUUUUUAGUGGGCUUUACCACGCGUUAAUCUGAUCUCAGCUUUCAGAUAUUAGUUCUUCUAUAAAGUGAACAAAUUCAGUUAAUAAAAGUAGAGAGUAGGCAUUGUUCAAAUCUUCACCUGCUCCAAGGACAGCACAGGAGGUCCAUAAGAUGAUUGAGAAAAACAGAGAUGUCUCAGUUGCAUUUUGCAGUAGAAAAUACGUUUUAGAGGAGAGGAGAACUAGAUGCUUGGAGAAAGUAAAGAUGGGGCAUUCCCUUCUUUGGAUCUAGCUCGAGGAAGUAAACACUGUAGAAUAACCUUCUGAAAGCCAG